AGUCUCUCAGUCUGACGAUCAGAACUGAAAAAAUGAAACAUUAAAUUAAAUACAGAAAAAAGAAAUUCGGAAUCAGAAGUGUUUUGAUCGGAUCUUCAUCGGAGCUCCGUCAGGCGCCCUCCAACAGCUUCAACCGUGGCUUCUUCAAGCCAACAACAACGCCAACGUCAACGUGAAAAUCUCACCCGUAGGAAGUCAGCACCACCGUCCACGACGUUCUGGAAUCAAACUGUUUCCAGCCCGACCCGGUUAGUGUACCGCGAACCCGCAACUUCCGAUUUGGACCUCCCAGUUUGGCAAAGGACCUGGUUCAUAGUACUGCUAUUUGUUAUGGCGCUCUCUUGUUUCGCCCUCGCCAUCUUUCUCAUCCUCACCCUCGAUUCCGAUUCCGAUUACUCAAUCGGCACUGCCUCCGCCGCUUCUGAAGGCGUCCAGAUUACUUAUGGAUCAGCAAUCAAGUUGAUGCAUGAGAAGACAAAGGUCCGGCUGCAUUCGCAUGAUGUGCCCUAUGGUUCUGGCAGUGGGCAGCAGUCGGUCACCGGAUUUCCUGCUGUAGAUGAUGCCAACAGCUAUUGGGUUGUUAAGCCUGCUCCAGACUCGUCUGCAAAGCAAGGUGAUGCCAUUAAAAGUGGAAGUAUUAUUCGUCUGCAGCAUAUGAAGACUAGGAAAUGGCUGCACAGCCACUUGCAUGCAUCUCCAAUAACAGGCAAUUUGGAGGUAAGCUGCUUUGGGGAUGACAACGAGUCUGAUACCGGGGAUGUCUGGAGACUUGAAAUCGAGGGGAAUGGUAAAACAUGGAGGCAAGAUCAAAGGGUCAGGCUUCUUCAUGCAGAUACCGGAGGGUAUUUGCACAGUCACAACAAGAAGUACACCCGUAUAGCCGGGGGCCAGCAAGAGGUCUGUGGCAUAAAAGAGAAGCGACCUGAUAACAUUUGGCUGGCAAUAGAGGGAGUUUACCUUCCAGUUUCUGAAAGCAAAGCCUCUGCAUGAUGAUAUUGCCAUAUUGGAUGGAGCUUCUUCUUCACAACACUUUACACGCUUAGAGCACCAUACUUUUCCUCCUAUUCAAAACUACGAAUGGAAUAUUUACCUAAAAUUUUGUAUGUAGGACAAGUUAAUCAAGCUGUAGUAUAAGUUUUGGUUCAUGGAUGUCAUGCUACCAGAAACCAUUAUUGUAAUUCAAUACCAUUUUGAUUACCAAAUCUUAGUUGUACUGUUUUUGAUU